GACACAUCCACCGACGCGUCCACGCACCCGUCCACGUCGCCAUCGCGGUCGCGGGCCGGUGGCACGGCGCCGGAGGAGCAUCCGGAAUUUGGAGCCGACUUCGGCGCCGACGCAUUUGGCGGCGGCGGCUUCGGCGGCGGCGACGACGACGCGGACGGCGGCCCGGUCGUGGAGGACUUUUCGGCGGAUGGCUUUGGCGGAGCGGGGUUCGGCCUAGGGGAAGGCGAGGACGAGGACGAGGUUGGGCUCGCAGAACUGCGCGCGAACUUGGCGGAGGUGGAGGAUGCGCUAUGCCACGAGCCCAACAACGCCGAGUGGAUCGCCCUUCGCGACCAACUCCGCCAGCUCGUCCGAUAA